AUGAAGUACUCCAACGCCGCCAUUCUGGGCUUCCUGGGCUGUGCCCUUGCCCUGCCUACGCCUGCUCAAGACGAGAGUCAGGGACUCCCCAACCUCGCACUCCCUAUUCCUAGCGGAAUCUCCGACCUGCUGCACCCGUCCGGAGCACCAAGCGGAUCUGACUCGUCUAGCGGCGGAGCCGGAGGCCUACUUCCCUCCGGUCUGCCUGACAUCUCCAAGCUGCUGCCCACCGACCUCCCUAUCAAGCGCGAUGAAAGCGGUGGCCUGCCAUUCCCCAUUCCCAGCGGAAUCUCCGACCUGCUGAACGGAGGCUCCGGCGGAUCUGGUUCGUCUAGCGGCGGAUCUGGAAACCUGCCCAUCCCCAGCGGAAUCUCCGAUCUGCUGCACGGAGGAUCCAGCGGAUCUGGCUCAUCCAGCGGAUCCGGAGGCCUUCCCUCCGGUCUGCCCGACCUCACCAAGCUGCUGCCCACCGAUCUCCCCAUCAAGCGCGACGAAAGCGGUGGUCUGCCAUUCCCCAUUCCCAGCGGAAUCUCCGACCUGCUGAACGGAGGCUCCAGCGGAUCCGGUUCGUCUAGCGGCGGAUCCGGAAGCCUGCCCAUCCCUAGCGGAAUCUCCAACCUGCUGAACGGAGGCUCCGGCGGAUCUGGCUCGUCCAGCGGCGGAACCGGAGGCCUGCUCCCCUCCGGUCUGCCCGACAUCUCCAAGCUGCUGCCCACCGACCUCCCUAUCAAGCGUGCCGAGGAGGAGGGCCGCCUGCCGUUCCACCUUCUGCCCAGUGGCUUCCCUAACUUCCCGAACCUCCCCAAGCCCACUGGCCUCUUCCCCGAGCCCCCUAAGCCUGUUGGCGGUGAGCAGCCUGCUCCAACUCCGACUAGCGCGGCUGUCCCUACUAGAUCGGCUGUUGCUUUCAAGGCUUAA